CCCCGAAAAGACUUAAGGCACUCGGGGUUCUGACCCGCUGACGACCGGGGAGCCGAGAACUCCCUGGCGAAGCCACCUAAUCUUAAAGUGAAGCAUCCGUCCUGCCAGACACAAUCUUUUCUGUUUUCCUCAAAAGCGCGACCCCUCACCAGUGCGCCGUCAAACUCGCGACUCUCGCCGCUAAUUGACCAGGACGAACCGACUCUUCGACGGCAGACCUGUCUUGAUUUUGCUUUUGGAUCACUUUGCUCCAGAGGUGCACAAAGCCGAAAGCGAGUCAAAUCUCACGCCAGCUCGAGAAUCGUUCAACGAGUCCUUCCAUUCCCACCCUCUCGGUUACUGCAAACAUGUCUUCCUCGCCGGAAUAUCGCGCAGGGAAACGGCCGAGUAAGUUGACUGAACCAUGAUCACUCCUCUUUCCCGUUCCCUGACCUGCGGUCUUCGCGGGAAUGGGCAACAGACCAAUUUGGCUUGAAUCACUUCCGGCCGUUAGGGCGUCUCUUCUUCUCGCUUUUAAAAGUACCUUACGCGCUUAGUGGGCCCUGAGCACAUGGCCACUCCGUGCAGGAGGACGGCCUCGAAGAUGUUGGUUGGAGGGGGCGACAUUCUCGGCCAACUGCUUGCCCCGCUUUCGGCCAGGUGCUGAAAACUAAAAAAAAGAUGGAAAAUGCCAACUUGCCCCCGAACGUUCUCUUGCAUCUUUUUCCCGGUUGAUUUACUUCGCAAAGAUCGCCUAGCAAGCCAAACCACGCACAAGUCAUCUGACACGCUUCAUCCUAUGGCAGGGACCCAAUCGCUGCCUCCGCCGGCCCUGCCGCAGCUGGUGGCGGAGCAGCACACUCCCAUCCCGCCAACCGACAAGGACACCAAGCGGCUCAUUGUCGUGCUAUCUAAUGCCAGCCUCGAGACCUACAAGGCGUCGCACAGCAGCGCCGGCCGCAUGGGCGUGCAGAGAGAGGAGAAAUACUCGCUGCUCAACAGCGACGAGCACAUUGGCGUCAUGCGGAAAAUGAACAGGGACAUUAGCGACGCGCGGCCGGACAUCACACACCAGUGCCUACUCACCCUCCUCGACUCGCCGAUCAACAAGGCCGGAAAACUGCAGAUAUACAUCCAGACUGCCAAGGGCGUGCUGAUCGAGGUGUCGCCGACUGUCCGCAUCCCGCGGACGUUCAAGCGCUUCGCCGGCCUGAUGGUGCAGCUGCUCCACCGUCUCUCAAUCAAGGGCACCAACUCGCAGGAGAAGCUCCUCAAGGUGAUCCAGAACCCGAUCACCGACCAUCUGCCGCCCAACUGCCGGAAGAUAACGCUCAGCUUUGAUGCGCCGCUGGUGCGAGUGCGCGAUUACAUCGACACGCUGGGGCCGAACGAGAGCAUCUGCGUCUUCGUGGGCGCCAUGGCGAAGGGUCCGGAUAACUUUGCCGACGCCUACGUGGACGAGAAAAUUGCGAUCAGCAACUACAGCCUCUCGGCGAGCGUUGCCUGCAGCAAGUUCUGCCACGCCGCCGAGGAUGCCUGGGACAUCAUCUAGGUCGCUACGCCGACCUCCCCCGCUAAUAUCGACAGGCUUCGCCACAUCUGCGCCCGAAAUUUUCUGGUCCCGCAAGCUCGGGAGAGCUUUCAGGUACCAGAUCAGUACAGACACUGGUGGGACGGGUUGUCCCGCAUGGCCGGGAGUUGUCGAACCAGGGUUUCCUGAUGCUGGGGUUGCGAAUGACAUGGGCUUGGGAGUACUGGUAGCGAG